GUCCUACGGGAUCAGGUGGUCUUUGCUGUUCGGCAGGAAUACGUGCUGCUUGGGGAUCAGCUGCUGGUCCUGCAUUCAGGUGACGAGGUUGCUAUUAUCCCACCCAUCAGUGGUGGCUAAGUCCAGCCGAACACGUUAGAGAAACCAUGAAUGAAAUUGAGGAAGAGCCAAAAGAUUUCAUCAAAUUGACCCAGGAGAAGCUCUCUGUAGAUGAAGCGUCAGUGUUGGUAACUUCACCAUGCUGUGGGGCUAUCUCUCUGUUUAUAGGCACUACAAGAGAUAAUUUUGAUGGGAAAAAGGUGAUUCAUUUGGAGUAUGAAGCAUAUACACCAAUGGCAGAAGCAGAAAUAAAGAAAAUCUGCAGAGAUGUUAGAAAAAAAUGGCCAGCAAUCAAACAUGUAGCCGUGCAUCAUAGACUUGGCUUGGUUCCAGUGACAGAAAUGAGUGUGAUUAUAGCAGUCUCUUCUCCUCACAGAAUAGAAUCUCUCAAUGCUGUGAGCUACUGCAUUGACACUUUAAAAGCAACAGUUCCAAUAUGGAAAAAGGAACUGUAUGAAGAAGAAUAUUCUUGGAAAGAAAACAAGGAAUGCUUUUGGACAAACAUGGAAAAAUAACUCCACCUUCUUUUCAGAUAGUCACUCUAUGAAGAUUAGUUUUGAGUUGUGUUUCCAGAAAAUAUAACUAGGAUUUUACUUCCAUGCUAACAAACACUUGAAUAAUUUAUAUUGGUUUAAUUAUGCCAAUUAUGAAAUGAUAUAUGGUGAAUGGAUUAUUCUUAAAAAUAACUUCAAAUCUUCUGUAAAAUCACCUACUUUGCUCUUGUUCAUAGCAGGCCAAUAUUUAAAAUAUCUUUCAUAAAAUUCUUGGAUGAAAGGUGUCUAAAGUUGUUUGCCAUAUACCGCCUCAUUGUCUUUUUGUUGGCAGUUUGCAGACACUGCCAGUAUUGGACAUCCCGGGUGGACAAUCAGAUGUGUUUUCAGACCUCAGGUUUUUUUAGAAUGGAUGCAAAGUUAGUUUAUGAGCUUUGGCAUACUUUUUACCUUGUAAUUUGAAAGAUGCCUAAAGUUGACAAAGCACUUUGGUAUGUGCAGAGGGAAAAUAUAUGCUAUACUCAAGAGUUUAUUAAUAUUUUGGUAAUGGUUAUUUCCCAGUUGCCUUUUUCACAGAAAUGUUUUUGUUAUGCAGUUGAUAUUACAAGCC